CCCAGGCGCCCAUAAUGCCUUUUCGCGAAUUCAGGGGCCCAACGAAGAGUCUGAUCGAUGAUGCAUUAGGCAGCUUCGCCGUGGCCAGCUUGGAGACAAGCCCGAAGGGCGUCCAUCCCACGGGUGCUCAUGACGACGCCGGCGUAGACGUGGACCCGGUGACCCCGCUGGAGGCUGCGUUCUCGGGCAUGCCAUGGAGCUGGCCCCCAGCUCUGCGCACGGACUGGAGGGACUGGUUGCAGCGCUGGCUCGCAGCCUUGGGCGAGGAGGGCGACCUGCAGGGCGCUGCCGCGCAGAUGCGCCUCGCGUCGCCCAAGUACGUCCCGCGGGAGGGCAUCCUCAUAGAGGCGUACAGCGCCGCGGAGAGGGGCGACAGCGCACCCCUGCGGAGCCUCCAGGAGCUCUUCAGGCGCCCCUACGACGAGCAGCCCCUCUGGGAGGACCAGUACUUCAAGCGGCGGGAGGACGUGACCGGGGCGGUCCGCGGCGGGGUGGACUUCAUGAGCUGAUCCUCGUAGUGGCGCGCCCUGCGACUCCGAGUGGCGCGCGCUUCCCCUCCCUCGCCGGCAAGCUUCCAGGACCCUCUUCCUCCCGCGGUGAAAACAUCACGGCGGCAGGUUUAGGGCUAUAUUUUCGGCUUCCGGGGGCCCUCGCCAGGCCCGGG